AUGGGGUGCGCAACCUCCACCGAGGCGCGGCGCGACAUGGUCUGGGUCGGCGCCGACCCCCGCGCGCGCCGGAGCUUCUCGCUGCCCUCCGUCGACCGGCAGCGGCUGCGGUCGAAGGCUGUGUCGAUGCUGGGCACCCUCGGCCUCGCCGGCAGCGCCCGCUUCUCCGGCUCAUACAAGUACGCGACCCUCUCGGUUGAGGAGAUGAUGAAGGGCGACAACGACGACCGCGCCAAGGACGAGGCGCUCCCCGGCGAGGGCGCGGCGGCGAAGCGGGCCGUGAAGCCCCGCACGCCGACGCUGACGCCGCCCAACGAGCCCGAGGUGAUCAACGCGUGGGAGCUCAUGGCCGGGCUCGAGGACGACGACGCGCCGACGCCGCGCGCCGUGCACCAGAGCUUGUCGUUCGACGAGUCGCUGCACGGGUGCGUCGUGGAGGUGCCGACGACGCAGCCGCAGUGGAUGCAGGCUGACAUGGACAUGCCGCCCGUCGCCUUGGAGUUUGAUCCGGAGAUACUGUCCGGAUUCCGGGAGGCUUUAGAGGACACGCCGCCGUCGCAGCCGACUGUUACCUCAUCGUCCGAGGAGGGAACAGAGACACCAAGGCAGAAGGAGAGGAAGAGCAGGAAGGAUCCGGAUGCCAGCUGCGACACGCCAAUGUCGCCGGCCACCGGCGACAUGCCAGAGCUCUCCGGCAUCGUUCGUGCCCGCAUCAACGCGUUCCAAGAGAGGAUCGAGCGAAGGCGGAGCAAGGGCCGCGACGCCAAGGUGUCGCCGCUGUGGCCGCCGGGAGGCGAGCGGAAGGCGGUGGUGUACUUCACGAGCCUCCGCGGCGUGCGCAAGACGUUCGUGGACUGCUGCUCCGUGCGCAGCAUCCUGCGCAGCUACGGCGUGCGCGUCGACGAGCGCGACGUCUCCAUGCACGCCGUCUUCAAGGCCGAGCUCGCGGAGCUCCUUGGCGCGGGCUUCACCGGCGGCGCCGCGCUGCCGCGGGUGUUCGUCGACGGGCAGUACAUCGGCGGCGCCGAGGAUGUGCACUACCUGCACGAGGCGGGCGAGCUCGGGCGCGCCCUGGACGGGUGCGACGCCGCACCCACGCGCAAGCUCGGUUACAUGGAGGCGUGCGCGGCCUGCGGCGACGUCCGGUUCGUACCGUGCGAGACGUGCUGCGGCAGCUGCAAGAUCUUCGUCGAGGACGACGACGCCGGCGAGUUCCGGCGGUGCCCCGAUUGCAACGAGAACGGCCUCGUCAGAUGCCCCGUCUGUUGCUGCUGAUGC